GCAGGCGCGGCGGGGCCGAGGCCGGCUGGGUGCGCGCAGGGCGGUCGCGGGAAGCGGAGGGUGCACGGGGGCCGCUGCGAUGCCGUUCUACCGCUGCCCGUCCGCCGGCCUAGCACGUCAGUGCAUUCAUGCCCUAAAAUUGACAAAGAAAGAUUGCCUUCUAUCACUGUGUGUCUCACGAUGUGCCUCUACUGCCUCUGUGCCUCGCAUAACUACACAUUACACAAUUCAUCCCCGAGACAAAGACAAACGAUGGGAAGGGGUAAACAUGGAAAGAUUUGCAGAGGAAGCUGAUGUUGUCGUUGUUGGAGCAGGCCCUGCAGGCCUUUCUGCAGCCAUUCGACUCAAGCAGUUGGCUGCUGAGCACAGCAAAGAAGUACGUGUUUGUCUGGUGGAAAAGGCUUCUCAGAUUGGUGCACAUACGUUGUCUGGUGCUUGUCUGGAGCCAAGGGCCUUAGAAGAACUCUUUCCAGACUGGAAAGAGCGAGGGGCUCCACUUAAUACUCCUGUAACUGAAGACAAGUUCGGAAUUUUAACAGAAACAUCUAGAAUUCCAGUGCCAAUUCUUCCAGGCCUUCCGAUGGUUAACCAUGGGAAUUACAUAGUACGUCUGGGCCACCUUGUGAGUUGGCUAGGUGAACAAGCAGAAGCUUUGGGUGUUGAGAUAUAUCCAGGCUAUGCAGCAGCUGAGGUACUUUUUCAUGAAGAUGGUAGCGUGAAAGGGAUAGCAACUAAUGAUGUAGGCAUUCAGAAGGAUGGAGCACCCAAAGCUACCUUUGAAAGAGGCUUGGAACUCCAUGCAAAAGUCACAGUCUUUGCUGAAGGUUGUCAUGGACAUCUAGCCAAACAGCUGUACAAAAAAUACAACCUAAGGGAGAAUUGUCAACCCCAGAGCUAUGGCAUUGGAUUGAAAGAGUUAUGGACUAUUGAUGAAAAGAAAUGGAAACCAGGAAGAGUGGAACAUACUGUAGGCUGGCCUUUAGACAGGCAUACAUAUGGAGGAUCCUUUCUUUAUCACUUAAAUGAGCGUGAGCCUUUAGUUGCUCUUGGAUUUGUGGUUGGUUUAGAUUAUCAAAAUCCCUAUUUGAAUCCAUUUAGGGAAUUUCAGAGGUGGAAGCACCAUCCUAGUGUACAGCCUACUUUGGAAGGUGGAACAAGGAUUGCUUACGGUGCCAGAGCAUUAAAUGAAGGUGGUAUCCAGUCAAUACCCAAACUCACCUUCCCAGGUGGAUUAUUAAUUGGUUGCAGUCCUGGACUCCUGAAUGUUCCCAAGAUCAAAGGAACACAUACUGCAAUGAAAAGUGGCAUGUUGGCUUCAGAAGCCAUUUUUAGUCAAUUAAUCAACGAAAAUCUCCAAUCAAAGACAGUAGGACUUGAUGUGCAAGAAUAUGAAGAGAACCUGAAAAAGUCCUGGGUGUGGAAAGAGCUGUAUGCAGUAAGAAACAUCCGACCAUCCUGCCAUAGCGUACUUGGUGUGUAUGGAGGAAUGAUAUAUACAGGCAUAUUUUAUUGGCUGCUGAGAGGAAUGGAACCAUGGACAUUAAAACAUCCAGGACCAGAUUUUGCUCAGCUCAAGCCAGCCAAAGACUGCACUCCUAUUGAAUACCCAAAACCUGAUGGAAAAAUCAGUUUUGAUCUCCUGUCAUCUGUGGCUUUAAGUGGUACAAACCAUGAACAUGACCAGCCCGCUCAUUUAACUCUCAAAGAUGACAGCAUCCCCGUGAGCAGGAAUCUGGCUGUAUUCGAUGGACCAGAGCAAAGAUUCUGUCCAGCAGGAGUCUAUGAGUAUGUUCCUCUGGAAACAGGAGAAGGAUCAAGGCUGCAGAUAAAUGCUCAGAACUGUGUCCACUGCAAAACAUGUGAUAUUAAAGACCCAAGUCAGAACAUUAACUGGGUAGUACCUGAAGGUGGAGGAGGACCGGCUUAUAAUGGAAUGUAAACUAACAGGAGAUCUAUUCAGUGACUUCUGAUCACCAACAAAUAUGUUGGGAGUAUUUUAUGCUGGAGCGUAAUUAAUGUACAGCACUGAUCUGAAUGUUAAAGAGUUUGAGACUAAUUUGCCAUUCUGAAUUUUACAUAUGACUGUUGCAUUAAAUGGAAAGUCAGUGCCUUCUGGUUAAACCCUAGCCUUAUUUAAAUAGGACUUCUUUACAGGAGCUGUAUGGCAGGCAAAAGUUCUUAUCAGGACUGACAAGGAGCUUUGGAUCUUGGAUUUACUGCUGAAGUUCAGUGAUAACAGGAGCCAUAUCCAGAACUGUGCGUAUGGUGGAAUAAUUUAGUACCCACCUUUAAAAAAGUAUUUUCUCUCUCUAGAUGGAGUGAUUUACAUGUAAUUGUACCUGGCAGUCAGGGAAAUAGAUUGGUCUAGAAAACUCACUGCUUUAAAGUGUUACAUUUUACAUCAAAUUUACAGUUUUUUCCUGAUGAUGAUAAUAGAGACUAUCUAUUAUAAAGUGGUUAAAAAAACCCCCAACAACUUGCAUCUUCAUUCUAUGUCUACCAGCAUCUUUAUUCCUAACAAAAUAUCAGGCCUGCUGUAAUAGGAACUGUGAAAAUGCCUAAAUUCUCUUCAUGUGAAACCAAGCUGCUUAGGAAGCACUAUUAAUCAGUAAAAACAACCACCACUGCUUUACACAUUAAAAAAAACCACCUGAGUUGCAAAACACAAGUUACUACAGCUAAAAAAAGAAGAGAAAACCAUAUCACCUUUGAACAGUUUGUCUUUAUUACUAGACUUCUGUGUUGUAAACACUGAAAACUGUGGCAGAGGGCAAAUGAAAGAAGCAGCUCCAUUUAUCAUUUUGCAUGAGUUAGUGCAUAGAUUCAAAUGUUUAGGAAAAAAAAUCAAGCAAACAUUUUAGCAUAAGCUGCUUUCUCUUUCUCCUUUUGGGCUUUUAUCUUCUGCUUGAUUUUGAGUGUUUCCGUCUGGAUAGCUGCUCAAAAAGAAAAUGAGAGAGUUACAGUGAUCUCUUCACAUUAGGUCUCCUCCUAGGUUAACACCAGGUCACUGCUAGCACUCAUUAUGGAAUUUCACUGUGUUAUUUCAUAAACAUUUAUUUCAUAAAACUGCAUUUAGUCUUUGAUUAGGUCAGAUACUAGCAACAAAAGCCUUGUCCCUUGCUUCAUCUCAACUGCUAAGGUAACCACAUACAGUGUGUAGCGAGCAUGGUAUUGGUGCCAACACAGGACUUAGGAGCUAAAACUCUCACCCAAUUAGAGCAGGAAAUUUAAGCUAGUAAGAGCCCAGUGAGAUACAGUCAUAGUUCAAGAGGAAUGCUGCUGACCUACAGGUCUAAGGCAGGUCUUCCAGUGCAACAGAAGCAUCUGUGCUCAGAACAUCAGUGUUGAAGAAGCUAGCAUUUUAGGCAUCACACUGGUAUGAAUUCCAACUGAAUACUACCCUGGAUCCUUUAAAUUCUUAAGGGCAUUUUAAAAGGAACAGCUUAUUUUACCUUUAUCUUCAGGGGCUAUUUCAUGAGCCUUUUUAAGAUCAGCCUUAAAUAAAAGAAAAAUAUAAAUUAA